AUUUCGGCGAGAAGUAACAAAUAGAGAAUGCUACAGACCGAGGUUUUAAGAGAGGUGAAAGAGAAGACUGGACCGUCUAUUGAGUCUGAAAAUCCCGAGGACAGAAUCAAGGCUCGGCGGACCCGUAUUGCUGCUCGGGUCCAGGCUAAGAAACGACAAGAGCUUGGAGAUGAUUUGCAGGAAAAGGAAGAAACAAAGGAGGAAGAUCGGUCAAGUCAGAGACAAAUUGAAAAAAGUGAAAUACAUCUGGCUAAAUUAAAAGCAGAUGGCACAGAGCUGGUCACCAACAUUUUGGUGGCAGCAGAUGCCAGGGAGUCGAAGAGGAAAGAAGAACUAAGAGAGGCAAACAGACUAAGAUUGGAGAAGUUGGAAAAUGAGGCCAAAACCAGCACAGAGAAGUUCAAUAACAUAAUUAACAAGUGGUCUGAGGCCAAGACAAAGUUGAUCCAUCAGGAGCUGAGAGAUGAUCUGAGAAAACAGCAACAGUUCUGUUGGCACAUCAUUGAAGACAAAAACAAGCUCAUCAAUGAAUUGCAGCAGGAGCUAAAAGGAAGAGAUGAUCAUUUUGUGAAGGAACGCAAAAGGGAGGCAGAUGAAGUGGAUCUCCUGAUUGAAAGGAUGCAGGAACAGAUAUCAAGUCUGAAGAAACACUAUAGAAAAGAGCUGGAUGCAAUUGAGAACUCGUUCCAUGAUGAGCGGAAGGAUUUGCUUUCAAUCAGCACAAGCAAAUGGGAACAACAGAGGAAGGAACGAAGUGACAAAGAGAUGAAGUUCUUGCUGCAGAGGAUGGAAAUGGUGGAGGAGCAUGAGGCCGUGCUGGAUCGUCUGAGAGCAGAGAGUGCAGAGGAGUACAACAAGAUCAAAGUCAAACUAGAGACUGAUGUACAGCGCCUACAGCAAGACCUGGAGGAAAGGAAGGCUACCUACCAGAUUAAUCAGGAGAAACUCGAGUACAAUGUACAAAUGCUAAAGAAAUAUGAGGAGGAGUAUGCUGUCAGUAAGGCUGAACAGAUUAGGAAGAUCACCAGAAUGCAGGAUGCACGCAACAAACUCAAGAAAAAAUGUGCCAUUCAGGAAAAGCAAUCCCAUGAGGAGAUCCAGUCAUUGACCACUAAGUACAAGCGCCUUAUACAACAAUACAAAGAUAUUCAGGAGAGGAUUAGGCACUUUGCAGAGGUUGAUGCUAAGCGUUAUGAGGAGAUUUGGCUGAUGAAUGAAGAUGAGGCCAAAACUUUGGUGAGCAGGGCUGUGGACUUGGACCGGGUUAUUCAUGAACAGAUGCUGGGCCUGACCUGGAGUCCACCACCACUGCCCUUCAUGGAUCAUUCUGGCCCCAAGCAGCCCCAGUGUACAGCACGUCAUGUAGCCACACAAGUUCUGGGAGAGAAGGAUGAGACACGGGACAAAACAGAGCUAGAAAGAAGUACACUAGGGGACUCAGGGGGCAGUUUGGACACAAGGACAACCAAGGUGGAUCAUAAAACUGUAAACAGGCUGCUGGAGCUUCUGUGCGAUGAGAUGGGCUUUCUUAUAGAGAGUAAGUUACUCAAGUUGCUUUCUUCCAUGGAGAAGAAUGAACAGACUUCUUUAAAACUAGAUUUCAUCUUUUCUGUCUUGGGGAUUGAGAAUGAAGAGGAUAUCAACAAAAUGACCAAGUUCUUCCUGAAUUAUAAACAGUCACAUACAGAGAAGAACAUGUCAGCGAAAAACCAGACAGAGAACGAGUUGAGUCUUAUCCACCCAAAUGAUCUACUGAGAGCUCUUCGUGCCUUCACUGUCCAGCACUGCAAAGCAAGAGAAAUUCCUCAACAUAAGCGCAGCACCCUGCCACUGGAGAGGAUGAGCGACUCUGAGGUCAAAGCUUACUGGGAGAAAAUAACUAACACCAUCCCUGAGUCCAAACUUAAAGUCUGGAGUGCCCUGGAGGCCGGUCUGAAGAAGUACCAUAAUGAGCUGACUAAGAGAUCAAAGCUUCUGACUGAAACACAGCAACUCAAACAACAAAACUCAGAGCUCCGCAUGCUUCUGCACAAAUAUAAAAACUCAAAGGUCAAUGCUGAACUGAUGUUGCCACCCACCCAGAUGAUGCAGUGAUGAGAUUAUAUCUUCAUCAUCAAAACUUGUUACAUUG